AUGACCGACAUCGCGACAUCAGAGGUGCUCAUCUCCGAGCUGGCCACCAAAGAGGUCACUCUCGCCCCAAAACAAGUCACCGUCGUGCGCGAGAUCCCCACCACCAUCCAGCCCGGCCAAAACGAAAUCACCAUCCUCGGCCUCGACCCGCACGUCGACCGCGACUCCAUCCGCAUCGAAGGCUCCGGCGCCGCGACCAUCACCGACAUCCAGACCAGCGUCGUCCCACAACGACUAGACUUUAACGACGUCUACCCGCUCGAGACAGAAAAUGACCGGCAAACAAGCGAUGAAGACGAAGAUAUCUCCGAGGACGAGGAGGCGCUCGACGACGCCGAGCUGCAAGCGAUCCGCAAAGAGAUCGAGAAGGUAGAAGAGCGCAAAGGACGCGCCUCAAGCGAUAUCAACGCCGCGCGCGCAAUUCUGAAUAUCAUGGAGGAUUACGCGAAGGGACUACAUAAAGAAGAGAAAACAGAUGUGAAGCAGUUCGAGCAGUUCUUGGAUCUAUAUAGUACCCGGCGCGACGCCCAGGCUGAGCGCAACCAGGCGGCUGUCGCGGAGGUCGAGACCUGCGAGAAGGAGCUGGCGAAGCUGCAAAGGAGAUUCGAGCGGCGCAAGGCGCGAUAUCUGCAGGACCAGCGCGCGGCGUCGCUGGCGGUUCGGCUGCGAAAUGAGAAGCGGGCUAGGGCUCGCGAGCAGAAGAAGAGUGAGCGCGUGCAGGAGCGCCGUGAGAAGAGCUACUUCUGGGCCAGCAGUGUCGGGCGGGUCAUUGUCUCGCUGGAUGGGCAGAAUGCUGUAUUCACGCCGGGGUCGAGUCGGAGAAGCUCGGUGGUUGAGAGGGUUGAGAGGGUUGAGAGGGUUGAGAACGUGCAGGAGGCCUCGUCCAUUGAUGUCGUCCUGCGCCUGAGCUAUAUCGUGCCGAAGGCAAGCUGGUCUUCGCGGUACGAGCUGCGGAUCAAUUCGCCCUCGUCGUCUGCGCGGUUGACAUAUCGUGCCGAAUUCAUCAACUCGUCGACCGAGACCUGGCGCGAUACUCGCGUCACGCUGUCUACAUCGCAGGCUUCGUUCAGCGGCAUCGGGGCGCGCAUCCCUUCCUUGGAUGCAUGGAAUAUCAAGCUGCUGGAAAAUGCUUCCAAUGGCAGCUCGUCCAACGGCCCUUCUUGGGAUCGGAUCCUGGAUGUCCCCCGGUCUGGUCCUGUUGGGAAUUUCGCACUAUUGCAUCAUCAGGAUGCAGCUCGAAAGCCUUCUCACUAUUCAAAAUUGCCGCCUUCUAUUCCGCCAGCACAGUCCGGUAGCCUUUUCUCAGUGCCAAUAAACUCGUCAACGGGGUCCGAACCACAGGCAGGAGGCCUGUUCGGAGGACAAGCAAAGGGGGGAGGCCUGUUCGGAGCACCACCGCAACCACCAACACCACAACAGCCUCAGAAUCUGAAUGGCUUCGGGUCGAAUUCAAAUAAUGUGCCCUCGGCAGCACCACCAGCUCCUCCUCCACCUCCUCCUCCUGCUCCUUCAUCCGGAGUGAAGUCCUUAUUCGGACAGUCGAUGAGUGCACCCAACAACGCCGGAGGCCAGUCGCCACAGAACAACCCAUUCGACACCGCAGCAAGCGCAGCAGUCGAGCUCGAGGCGGACGAUUCAGACACGCAGUCUCUUACAUCCAGUGCCCUCGAACACCAGGACUCCGUCAAGCAAGACUACGGCAUGACAACCUCGUACGAACUCCCCAGCCGGCGCACACUGGCCCCCUCCCUCGUUUCCCGGCGCCACGUCCUCGCAGACCUCGACCUCAAGUCCGUCACACUCACGUACGUGGUUGUCCCCAAGCGCCAGGAGGCUGCAUUCCUACGGGCCAGAAUCAAGAAUACCUCCUCCCUCACGCUGCACCCUGGGCAAGUUGGAAUCACGGUCGACGGGACGUUCGUCGGGACGGCGAGUCUUGAGUUGUGUGGGCCGAACGUCUUUUUCAAUAUCUCGCUCGGCAUUGACCCGGGGAUUCAAGUCAAGUAUGCAAAGCCGGCUGUGAAGCUGAUAACGGGUGCAAUGUUCUUCAAUAAGGAGAAUGGGGCCAAGUUCCGCCGCUCCUGUUGGGUGAAUAAUACAAAGACUACUGCCGUGGAUCUUAUCGUGUUCGAUCAGGUCCCUGUCUCGGACGAUGAGAAGCUCCGGGUGAAUCUUCUGCAGCCGGCUGGUCUUGAGAAAGAGGGUGACGAGGCGGAUAUCGAGAUGGAGAAGAAGAAGGGACAUGGAACUGCAACCCUGCAGAAGAAUGGCCAGAUCAAGUGGACGCUGCGUCUUGAGCCACGGGAGGAGAUCCGUCUCGUGCUGGAAUAUGAGGCCAAGGUGCCAACUGGGAGCGAUGUCAGCGCGGCAUAA